CUGACCUUUUUUCCCUUGCUCCAAUCACUUGCUUCCCGCCUUCUCCGCACUUUACGGCCUUCGUCAGCCCUGCGCAACCUCGUUCCCGCCUGAGCCCGCCUGCCACGUCCACCUCGUAAUCCGUACUGCUGCUGCUCUCGAGAGCUCUCUCACGCACGCCCUGUGUACAACGAUGCGCUUUCUGAGUUGCGCGGCCGUUGCGGCCUCGGCUUGCUUCUUCGCCUUGACCCUGGCGCAUCCCGUCCCGGCGGAAGCGAGGAAGAGGGACGAUCAAGCUGACAGGGAAGCGACAAAGUAUUUCCAUGAGCCUGGCGGCGAUGACAUUCUCGGUCACUACGACAUCCGGUACUUCAAGGGAGUGGUUUCCUACGACGAGAGGAUAGACACGAUCCAGCACAUGACGCGGGCAUAUCUCGACUGGUUCCGCGAGGAAGGUCUGGAGACGUGGAUCGCACACGGGACGCUGCUGGGCUGGUGGUGGUCGGGCACGAUGCUGCCGUGGGACUGGGACGUGGACACGCAGGUCGCGGGCUCGACGCUGGCGUACAUGGCCAAGCACCACAACCGGACGAUAGUGAAGUACGACCCGCACAACGGCACGCGCAAGCGCCAGUACCUGCUGGACGUGAACCCGUGGCAGUGGGAGCGCGUCAAGGGCGACGGCAUGAACAUCAUUGACGCGCGCUGGAUCGACACGCACAACGGCCUGUACAUUGACAUUACGGGCCUCAGCGAGACGGAGCCCGACACUAACCCCGGCGUGUUGAGCUGCAAGAACAACCACAAGUACAGCACCAGCGACCUGUUUCCCAUGCGGCGGAGCACGUACGAGGGCGUGCCGGCGCUGAUACCGUACGCAUACGACAAGAUGCUCAUCGAGGAGUACCAGGCCAAGUCGCUUACGGAGACGGAGUAUGAGGGGCACAAGUGGGACCCGGCACUGAACAAAUGGGUCAAGAUGCCCGAGAAGGAAGAAGAAGGCAAAGAGACGGCAUGAGAGCAGUUGGAGGGAGUUGGUUAUUUGGGAAUCGGCCGCAACAUACAAAGGGGUUUGCAGCAUGCAUAGCGAAGCAUGCUGUAGGCGGCCGGUGGGCGUAAGUUGUACAUUUUUCUACAUUGCAUUGGGAGGCGUUAGGGCGAUACCCGCGACAGCAGCAGCAGUAGCCUUUGGGCACACUCGUUUUGAUUUGGCGAUUGGGUACAAUACGGACGGGGACAACUGGAUAGGCACGUAGGUUUGGCGCAAAUAACAUGCUACUACUUGUGC